AUGGAGCCUGACGAGAGCAACGCCAUUCGGUGGGUUGGCCUCCAGCUUGGAAGUGUUGCGUCUGAAGCCUGUGUGCAAGCAGUGAGUUGCUUCCUAGGGAUCCGCGAUGUCGAAUACCGUGGAGAUGUUCUCUUGAAGAACUUGCUUUCUACCAAGCGAGUGCAACUACUCGCAGUCCAAGAUGCGGUGCUCCGCUUCUUGGUGAGUCUCCCGCACCAGGAAUGGACUGUCAUUGGCUGCGAAUUUCUACUUGAGACUGGUGGCCGGUGGAAUGCUGUUGCUGUGGCAUCACUGCUGGACAAAGUGAUGGCUCAGGCGCAGGACAAGACGCUGAUGCUUGCUGAAAUUUGCUGGAUCCGUAGCGUGUCGCCCUCCGCUCGAGCACUAGCCAGUAAUGCUCCUGUUACAGUCUCUUCAGUGUUGAAUAACGACAUGCUGUUCGCUGCCGAAGACUACUUCCUGUUCGAUGAAACUCGCCGAUGUGUUUUCUGCUGGGCUGACGAGUGGGAAGCUGAUCAAAGCAAGGAGAUCUGGCGGUUUGUGCCCGCCGGUCCCAGUUUCACGGACUUUUACAUCCUCAAUGUGCACUCGCAGGAGUACUUGUUCGCGUCUAACGUUGCUGCUUUGGAGUGUGCUGAAGGUUAUGGAGAGAAGAGGGCGUUUACGUGGCGUGGAGGUGAGCUGCCAAGAGAGGGAGGAUUGUGGCGUUUGAUCCCUGUGGACGGGGCCUUUGCUAUCUACAACGUGUCCCAAGACACGUACUUGAUCUCGCCACCAGCUACGGGUUCUGCCUUCCGUCGUUUGGUGCUCACAAGCAAGUAUCGUCCUCUGGAUCAGUCGUGGAAUGAGUGCCACACGUGGGGCAUCAAGCCAGCGGCCCCGUCGCUGCUGGAACGAGGCCUGGACGCUUUUUUCGUGAAGGACUACACCGCCGCAGUGGACUUGUUUACUUCUCUUUUGGAUACUGAGAAACCUUCUCCUGCUGCGAGCAUCAAGGUCUAUUGGUACCGCAUGGUGGCUAACUUGAAACUGCAGAAGAAGGAGCUGUUCCGUGAAGAUGCUGAUCGGCUUGGAAAGGUCGGAGGAUGCCCCAAGUUCUUUCUGGAGGUCACCAAGGAUGUCCUGGGCGAGGACUUGACCGUUAUCGAGAGUACCGAACUGGCGCAGUACGUUCGCUCUAAGUAA